UUUAACAAUCACCUAAACCCAACUCAUCACCUUAGGUUAACUGAGUUCCUGUAUUGAAUAUAGUAUAGCGUUUCAUCAAAUACCAGCUGGAAGCGUAGGCCGUCAAAUCAGGCUGCUCUAGAUCGCUGCUUGACCAACUUUAACCGCUCUUGGCAGCUCCCAACCCUAAUACCCAACCCGAGAAGCAAGUCGUAUACGCCUAUAGACUAUAAUAAUAGCAUCCCACUGGUAUAAUAUAUCGAAUUCCGGGAACAGAUUGCCUCGCGAUCUCUGUUACAUCGUGUCUUCCCGCGUUUUUUGUGACACCCAGCUUCCUAGAAUGGGUAUACGGAUGCAUCCCCAAAGGACCGUCCCUCCGUUCCGGUAACAUCGACCAAGGGAAAAAUUGUACGAGCGACCAAUUAUCCGGCCAGGCUCGCCAUGACAUUAUCCCGAGGAUAGAAUCACAGGGGCUGCUGUAUAUAAUGCAAGAAAAGGGGAGGAAGAUCGGCGUAGCUAGAUACUGAUAGUAGGCCUUAGCUGAACUGCUGCUCGAAUAGAUUAGUUACCACGCAAAUAUGAGGCUAUCUUCGCUAUUGUGGACAUGUGCAGCGCCUGGCGUCCUAGGCGCGUCGUGGAUUGCGCCAGGAGCUGUGUGGACUGAUACCGAUGGAAACAAGAUUGAUGCCCACGGCGGCGGCGUCGUCAAGCGCGGCGAUACCUUCUAUUGGAUUGGUCAUGCGGCUAGCAACCAAACACCGAUGUUGUACUCGUCUACCGACCUCAUCAACUGGAAGAAUCUUGGAAAGCAGGCAAGCUCCAUUACCGGGAUGUGGAGGCCAAAGAUAGCGAAGCCGAACGGAUCGUUCUGGCUGUUUGGACAGCAAGACCGUUAUGUCCUUUCUCUCAAGUCUUCGGAUUUCGUUGGUGGCUAUGGCCAGUCAGCUAAGGUCCACAUACCACCGAGCGACUACUCCUAUUCGGAUACUGGGAUGUUCUAUGAUGAUAGCUCUGACACUUGGUAUCUCCUGACUAGUGCGGACCACAAUACCGUCCAAGUCAACCGUAUCAACAAGGAUGGUACAUUGGGGGAUAAGGUAUCGUCUCUAACUGGUGGAGCGUAUGAAGCCCCGGGAAUAGUCAAGGCGGACGGCGUUUAUUUCUUGAUCGUGUCGGGGAAGACUGGGUGGCGUGCCAACCCCAAUAAGGUCUUCUGGUCGACUUCGAUCAACGGUCCAUGGAGUGGCGGAUCCGAUAUCGCACCGCAAGACCAAAAGACCUAUGGCUCGCAGAACACCUUUGAGCUAACGGUACAGGGCUCGCAAAAGACGACGUACAUCUACAUGGGCGAUGCUUGGGACUCAAAGGGAGGCGCCAGCUCGAACUAUGUGUGGGCUCCCCUGAAUAUCAACGCUGGGUCGCACUCUGUUCAGAUCGAUUACCAUUCGAUGUGGAAGGUUGAUGUCGGCACUGGUGUUGUCUCUUACCCAAGUACGCAGAAGCGUUACGAAGCUGAGCACGCGGCUCUGUCGGGGAGGGCAGUGGUGAAGGAUUGCAACGAAUGCCUGAGCAAACGUUCCGUAUAUAGAGUUGAUCACAGCAGUGAAGUAACCUUCCACAACGUUACUGGUACUGGAGCUCGCCAAUGGCUCUCCUUCCACUACCGAGUCAAUAACCCCGAAGCUGGUGAGGCUCACAUUUUCGUGAAUAAUGAACCAGCUGUCAAUAUCUCGAGCCUGAACUCUCGUGCUGGCUACCAUGCUUCGACUCCUGUUCAGCUUACUUUGAAGCGUGGUGAUGUGAAUACUAUCACUUUCGGAACCACAGGUAGCGAUGGAUUCGAAGUCGCGGUGGAUGGAAUUGAGCUUUUUGAAGAGGAUGAAUAGUGUAGCUCUUCACUUCUGAUGCGAUGGUAUAUGUUCCAAUUGAAAGAACAGGU